UUACAAGUGUUUUAUAUCAUUUCAGAGGCUGGCCAUGGAAGACUCAGAAGCUUGCAAAUGUAGGAUUGAAGAGGCUGAGAAGCUCAUUCAAAGUAUGGCUCGAGAACGGCAUGAAAUUUCCUUUCAAAUAGAAGAAAAACAGUUUGAUCGAGACAAAGAAAUCUCAAAUCUGGAAUGUCUGUUCAAGAAAGAAAGAGGGGUCAGAUGGGCUUUUGUUUGGCAAAAGAGAAUAAUAGAUUUCAUACAACAAGCUUUGAAAAAGCCAUGUUUUGCGAGCAAAGUAUGUCAGCAGACUGCUAUUAAAUCACUCUUAACCAAGGAAGAAGAUAAUUUUUAUAAUUUGCAUUUCCAGAUUCUACAUGGAACUAACAGUACGGCUGAAGAGAAACAGCUUAUACGAGAGAUUGAUCAAAGUCAAGGAAGAGAAGCUGGGGAUUCAUGUUUGUCAAAUGAAGAUCUAGAAACAUUUAUUUCGUGGUUCUUUUGCUAUAGGCAAUCCAUUAGAAAAGAUGAAGAUUGGCUAAGCUUACUCCUUGGAGUGAUUGAAAAGAAGGAAUGCACAAGGAAAGCCAUUGCUAAUGUUGCUCUAAAGGGAAUGAUUUGGGAUUCUUUUGGAUCUAAAAAAGCAAUACAAGAGGAAAUCAAUCUUAGAGAAAAGGAAUUAGAAGAAAUUAAAAAGGAAUUAAUGGAACUCAAGACUAAAAUUAGGCAUGUUGAGAGAUGUAUAAAAGCUAUUGAAAACGACAUGGUUUCUUUGCAUGAGAAAUUAGCAGCAGCAAACCAGAGAAAGAGUGAAAUUUACCAAUUGAUUGAUGAAUUAAGGAAACGACAUGAUGGGAUAAUGUAAUUAACUUCUUUUUCUCCUGCACAGUUGAUGAGAUAAUAUGGCAGCUGAUAAGUUUUUGUGGAAGAUUCUUAAGCUACCUUUUUUUUUUUUCCAAAAAAUUCUUAAACUACCUUUGGUAAAAUGUAAUGAAAUUAAUAUUUCAUUGUCAUGUU